CGAUUCCAACCUCCCAAUAUAAAUACCCACUCCCCUCCUCUCUCCCUCUCUUCUCUUUUAUAAUGUGUGUUUAACCUAACACCUCUUCUUCAUUUCUCUGUUCAUGGCGAUUCAAGCACAGCUCUUUUCGGAGAAUCUCGGCUUUCCGCUCGGAAAUUCUCAGGAUUUGAUGGUUGAAAAUGGUUGCGGAUUCGAUAACCUCUGUUUCGCCCCUCAACAGCAUCACCAAUUGACUCAGUUGGAUCAGUUUCAGAAUUCGUCGCGGAUUUCAGUUGAAAACAACGCUCAAUUUCAUCAAUUCAUGACGUUUUCGCAGAGCGUUUCGUCGCACAUAGAGAGGCAGAGGUUGGAAUUCGAGCAGUUCCUCAAUUUGCAGAACGAGAGAUUGAGAAUGGCAAUGCAAGAACAGAGGAAGCAGCAUAUAUCAGUAUUGAUGACGAAAUACGAAUGGAAGAGUGAUUUGCUGCUGAAGCAGAAGGAUGAGGAAAUCGCCAAGGCGGCGAAUCGGACGACGGAGCUGCACAACUUCAUGAAGAAGAUGGAGAUCGAGAAUCUGACGUGGCAGAGAGUGGCCAAGGAGAACGAGGCCAUGAUCGCGUCGCUCAACGACUCCAUCCAACGGCUCAGAGAGUCCGCGUUUUUGUCGGAGAAUGCAGCGGAAGAUGCUGAGUCUUGCUGCGACGAACAAGAGAAAACCGAAACGAAGAAGAAAACGGUGUGCAGAAUCUGCAACACGAGGAAUUCGUGCGUGGUGAUGCUGCCCUGCCGACAUCUCUGCUCCUGCAAAGACUGUGAGGUUUUUCUUGAUUCAUGCCCUGUUUGUAGUAUGCCAAAGAAAGCAGCCAUUGAAGCAUUAAUUUGAUUUUUUUUUUUUUUUUCUCAUUUCAUUCAAAGACGAAAGCUCCUUUCUUUAAUACUUGAGAUUUUGAUCAUUUUUCAUCAUGCGUAUUUUUUUUCAUGAGUGUGAAUACACGUUUAUUCUUUUAUUUUUUAAUUAUUUAGUUUCCUACCAUAUAAAAGAAGUACUUAGGAUGCAUCAGUUUCAGAAAAAUGAACACUAUUGAUCCUCUGUUUCUUUGCUGUAUUAUUCACUUCUUCUUUUUUUCUUUUUAUUUUUUGUGUAUGAGUAGUAUGAGGCAAAUAGAGCUUUCCUUUAUAGGUGUUUUUGGUGAAAUUUAUGUUUGAUUUGAUAAUGCGUA